AUGUAUAAGGCGCUAGAACCUACAUUCCUGGGCGGUGAUUGGGUGUGGUGCUCGCCAGAUCACAGUACCAAGAGGCUUGUGCCAUUUUCACAUUUCUACGAACCAGCGUCCUGGAAUAUGGAUAUAGAAAUAACAAACGGUCUUUGGGAUGCAUGCAUGUCUCAUGAGUCGGAAGAAACGGCUCAACUUGUGCUUGUAUUUGUCUUUGUUGGUUCGUCCAUGUUCCUGACAUUUGAGUAUCAUUAUUCAUUUACCACUAAGUCUUUUGUGAUUUUCAGUCUCGUUGUAGUGGCAUCUAGGAAGACCGUUCCAUGCCUCGCUCUGCAGGAACCGGUGCAACGGUGUCAACUGUGA